CUUCCACAACACACACACACACACUCUCUCUCUCUCUCUCUCUCUCUCUCUCUGUACUUUGUUCAUCUUCGUGAAUUAGGGAUUUCAAUUUGGGUUUUGAAGAAGCAAGAAACCGCUUCAAGAAUCCAUUCGUUUUGUUGUUGUUUAAAGGAAAUGGGUAGACGAAUUACGCACAAGAAGGCCAAGAACAACAGAAAGAGGAAGAUGGAGAAGAAGUACAGAAGAAGAGCUAGACGAUUGCUACAAUCAGAAUUCAACUUCGCUCGAGAAUUGAUCUCUGCUGAUGAACUGGUUAUUCCCAAGGCAGUUGAUAAUAAUGUCGGCGUUAAGGAAGAUAAUAAUCUUCGGCAGGGUAUGGGAAGAGGAUGGUCAGGUGGGAAGCCGGAAAUUAAUCAAGAAACAGGCUGGGAAGCUGAAGAAUCACCACCGGGGAUCCCAGUAGAAAGAACCCAUUUUGUGAAAGAUGGUGGUGAAAGCUUCAAAUCGUGCGAAGAUGAUUUUAGAGGAAAUCAUGAUAAUGAAUUAAAAAAGACAGAGGAUCUUGAUCUUGUUUUGCAGGAUGCAGGGGAGGCCUCAACAGGCCAUAGGAAAGGAGGAGGUCUUUUUGGGUCUGUUUCAUCAGAUGAUUGGAAUCCAAAGGAUGCCCCUGAUUUCUUUUCCCCUGGAGUUGUAGUAGAAUCACCAGAGGUGGUUAUGGGGUUGAAAGAAACAGAUUCGGGGACAACUAUUGAAGAUUUACCAGAUGACCUGAUUCUUGAAAUUUUUCUUGGACUGACACCAAAGGCUCUAGUGACUUGUCUGAGUGUGUGCAAUAAGUGGCGUAAGCUGAUUCGAAGCUCAGAUUUUUCCAGAGUUUACUCGCAGCCCAAAGCCUGCUUGCUUCUCCGAGCUACAACUUGUAGGAAUGAUAAGCCUGAUGAUACGUUCAGAAUUUGCUGCUUAGUGGAUCCGCACCAAACAAAUAGUUGCACGUGUAAUGAAGUUCCUGAGGAAAUUCAUGUGGACGCUGUUUUUCAUACCCGUGUACCCUUGAGGCAUCCACCAAUUCAUCCGAGUAUGGCAGUCCAAGACGACGGGUGGUACAAGCUGAAGCUAAACGGAAUCGAUCAAUUCAACGUCGUCAAUGCAUGUCAAGGCCUGGUCUGCUUGUCAAACUCGGCAAACGAACCAGUUAUGGUAUUGAAUCCUGUAACGAGCGAGUUCAUAGCCAUCCCUCCUGGUACAACGACAGAUAGAAAUAGGUUUGUGGACUCUGGUUUUGGCUACUGUCAGGAAAGUCACAGGUAUAAAGUUGUCAGAGUAUAUUAUGAAAGGAUUCCUCUGAUUGGGGGUGAGGACGUUCUUAGAAGGGUGGCUCAAGUGCAUAUUGUAGGUGAAGACACUUGGGAAGAAGCAGGUUAUCCUCGUCCUUAUCCCGGGAAACUUCAAUCUCCAACUACCUUAAACGGUAAUAUCCACUGGUUGCAGUGCGGAUUUGAACUACCAAUCCUCAGGUUCGAAUUCGCCAGAAAUGAGUUUGGACCAUUCCCUGCCCCCCCUACAUUUGAUCAAUUGCACCAUAAUGGUAAACUUCAAUUGAGGAUGAGUUCACUGAACCAUCAACUCUGCUUAUCUGUUGCUGAUGAUACUACCAUAUCUUUGUGGAUUAUGAAAGAGUAUGGUAACCAGACAUCCUGGACAAGCUAUGUGAAGUGUACAUCACAAGGAAAGGCCUGUAUAUGCUUACCGUUGGACUAUCUGAGUUGUGGAGCCAUUGUAGUUUUCAGCUAUCAGAAGGAUCGUGCUAACCGGCAUAUCACAGAAGUAAGCAAAGCAGAUGGGUCUGUGCAGACUUCCACGACCCAUUACCUCUUUGAAGCUGUGAUCUUCAAUCCAUCCUUUGGGUCACUGACAGAUGCUUUGAAUGGCAGUCCUUCUCGGUAA